AUGUACGGAGAUUUUUUUAUUGAUUCAGAGAUGGAGAAUAUAGUAUAUGAAGAUGUUUCUUCGGAAGAAGAAUGUGACUUUGUAGAAGAUAGAUUAGAGAACACAGAUAGCGAGCAAGAGGAAGACGAAGUUAUAUUAGAAGUCUGCACACCUACAGUUGACUCAUCAUCUCAAGUUGAAGCCUCGUCAUCACAAAUAAAUGAGCAUUGUUCUUUCCUAGCUCUCGAUGGGACCAGAUGGAGUAUGUGGGAAUAUCUUGCAACAAAGACAAGAAGAGAGAACUUGAUUUAUUUUAAACCUGGUCCUAUUGGUAAGGCCACAAACGCGAGGUCUACUUUUGAAUGUUGGAAUCCCUUCGUAACAGAUGACAUUUUAGAUACCAUAGUCAUACAUACGAACCAACAAAUAGAAAAAGUGCAAUCGCAUUACAGAAGAGAACGUGAUACUAAUUUUGAUAAAUUAGCAGCAGUCCGAAAUUUUUUAGAUGUAUUUACGAAUAAUUGUAUAAAAAAUUAUUAUGUAUCAGAAUACUGUACCAUAGAUGAGAAACUGGAAGAGUUUACAAGGCGGUGCGGAUUCCGCCAGUAUAUACCAAGUAAACCGAAUAAAUACGGUAUAAAAAUAUUCUUGCUGGUGGACAGUAAAACGUUUUAUACGCAUAAUUUAGAGGCUUACUGCGGAAAACAGCCAGAUAAACCCUUCUCAGUAUCGAAUUCUGCGGACAGUAUAGUGAAAAAAUUAACUACACCUAUAGUUAACAGCGGCCCAGCAGAGAAAAAUGAACCUUACGUGUGGAAAAUUGCUGGUUUACAGAAUAAACAUUAUAUGGUUAUGAAUGAAUUAGAAACAGAAAUUGUUGGUGGACAGUUCUUUCAUAUUUUCAAAGCAAUACAACAGAAAAUCAGAUUCAGUUAUUCUAUCGUAAAACCAGUAGAUAAAACUUUUGGAUAUCAAAACGAAAAUGGUUCCUGGAGUGGAAUGGCAGGAAAAGUUGUAAACAAGGAGGCAGACAUGGCAUAUGUGGCUUUAUACGUCAAUCCGAAUCGUUUUGCAGUAUUGAAUUUUACUGCUUUAUUGUCUAUUACACCGACCAUUUUUAUAAUCAAAGCUCCAGAAAAUGUUGCAAACUGGGAUUCCAUCAUGAAACCUUUUACUGUAGAAGUAUGGAUUGCAAUUGUAUUUACUGUGUUUGUAUUCGGACUGAUAUUACACAAAGUAAUAGAAAGAGAUUAUAUUUACGAGGAAGUCAAAAUAUAUUGGCCUCGAAGGAAAGUGUUCUGGAAUCUCUUUUGCACAUUUAUGUAUCAAGGCACCGACAUGAACCGUAUAAACAAAUUCCCGUCCAGGUUUCUUAUAGUGAUAUGGUGGAUGUCGAUUGUCGUUCUAAUAUCUAGUUAUGGUGGAAUUCUAACAUCUUUUAUGACAUACCCAACUACGGAACGUGUUCCAACAAAUUUUGAUGAAUUAGCUUCUGCUGUUGACAAAGGUGAAUAUUCUUGUGGUACUUUAGGAGGAGAAAGUAUAUGGAAUACAAUUAAGAAUUCGAAAACAGAAAAUGCUAGAAUAUUCAGCCAUCACAUCAUGGAGAAUAACAGAUUUGUUCCUCUGUCUGAAGUAAAAACUCAUCUUCUAAAAGAACGUUUCGCUUUCAUCUACAGCGCUGUCAUUAUAAAGAAUUUAAUAGAAAAAGAAGAAUUACACAAAUAUGUUAUGUCGAAGGACGCAUUUCUUACAUUUACCACAAGUUAUGCAACGAGACAAGGAUUUGCAUUCACCAAGAAUAUAAGUAACGUUGUAAGACGUUCAUUCGAGGCUGGAAUUGUUCAGAAAAUUGAUCUUGCUGAAGAUUCAAAUGUGCUGACUACUACGGAAUUUCGUUCUCUUUCCACGGAUGAUUUUAUUAGCCCUUUCUUUUUGUUGGUAGCAGGAUAUGUGUUAUCUAUGUUCUGUUUAAUUCUAGAAUUGUUUGGUAGUAAAAUUGCAGUUCUGUUUAAACGUCGCAAUACAACUUAA